AUGGCUCCCGGUGCUGCUUCUUCGCCUGAGAACAUCAUGGUGGACCUCGGCUCUCCCACCCCGGGGAUCAAACUCAUCGACCUGGGCGAUGCCGUGCAGCUGUCCGCCCACCGCCGGUACGUCCACCUCUUGCUCGGAAACCCGGAGUUCGCUGCGCCCGAGCUCAUCCGGGGCACGCCGGUCUCUGUCGCGACAGACGUGUGGAGCGUCGGCGUGCUGUCCUACGUGAUGCUCAGUGGCGUUUCCCCGUUUCUGGACGAAUCACCGGAGGAAACCUGCGUCAACAUCUGCCGCCUGGACUUCUGCUUCCCGGACGAAUACUUCCACGACGUGAGCCAGGCGGCGAGGGAUUUUGUGUCCUCUGCGCUGCAGCAGGAUCCCAGGAAAAGGCCGAGCGCUACCUCCUGUCUGCAGCACCCGUGGGUGGGCCGCGGGGGUGCACACGGUGGGGAGUACUCCAAGACGCCCCUGGACACCACACGGUUGGCCACAUUCAUUGACCGAAGGAGACAGCUGCACGACGUUCGGCCCAUCACGAAUAUCAAAGGGCUGGUGAGCAGCAGCAUGGGCAACACACCGUGACAGUCAGAGGCUCGGAGUGUGUGAACACUCACUAACAAUCCAUCUGGGACCACCAGGGCACCCUCAAUAACAUUACGAAAAUAUUAGAAGCAUUUAAUUAUCUGUAUUUAUUAAUGUGCAAGUGGGAAAGGGAGUUGGUUGCCUGAAUCCUUCCUGUGGCACCAUGAGUCCACGGCUGUAUGAUAUUUAAUCACUGACUAACACUUUGAUCUUUGGCCGUGUAUCAACCAUUAAUUACAUGUAGUCUUGCUUUUGCCAGACAGCAGUCCGGGAUGGAAGAGAAGCGUUUCUCUGGUUUAUUGGUAUUUCUUUAAGCCAAUCACAACCGUCUCUGAAAGAAACUUGUUCUGGUGGAACAUGUGUACGUUCAAAAGUUCUUUUAGUCGUGCAACAAAAAACUCAGAUUGGACAGAUAGUCUAGCUAGCUGUCUGGAUUUACCCUGCAGAGAUCUGAGGACCAGGU